AUGACCUGCCACCCGACACGACGAACGACCUGCACCCGACCCGACGAACGACCUGCACCCGACACGACGAAUGACCUGCACCCGACACGACGAACGACCUGCACCAAACACGACGACCCGCACCACACGACGACCGCACCAACCACGACGACCCGCACCAACACGACGACCCGCACCAACAUGACGACCCGUGGCUUGUUUAUCCGGAACACGGAUCAGGAGUACACCGCGUUCCGGUUGGCGAUUUUUCUGCACAACACGAGUCCCAACGCGUCCGAGGCGCCGUUCAACCUCGUCCCCCACGUGGACAACAUCGAGACCGCCAACAGCUUCGCCGUCACCAACGCCUUCUGCUCGCAGUACUCCCGCGGCGUCUUCGCCAUCUUCGGCCUGUACGACAAGCGCUCGGUGCACACGCUCACGUCGUUCUGCGGCGCGCUGCACAUCUCCCUCAUCACCGCCAGCUUCCCCACCGAGGGCGAGAGUCAGUUCACCCUGCAGCUCCGGCCGUCCAUCCGGGGGGCGCUGCUGAGCCUCCUCGACCACUACGACUGGAACAAGUUUGUGUUUCUCUACGACACCGACCGAGGUUACUCCAUCCUUCAGGCGAUCAUGGAAAAGGCUGGGCAGAACAGUUGGCAGGUCAGUUCCAUCUGUGUGGAAAACUUCAACGACGCAAACUACAGACGCCUCCUGGAGGAUCUGGACCGACGGCAGGAGAAGAAGUUUGUGAUCGACCUGGAGGCCGAGAGGCUGCAGAACAUGCUGGAACAGAUCGUCAGUGUGGGGAAACAUGUUAAAGGAUAUCAUUACAUCAUGGCCAACCUGGGCUUUAAGGACAUAAACCUGGAGCGUUUCAUGCACGGUGGAGCCAACGUGACGGGAUUUCAGCUCGUGGACUUCAGCAACGCCCUGGUCAUCAAACUCAUGCAGCGCUGGAACAAACUGGACCAGAGGGAGUAUCCCGGGUCCGACACCCCCCCGAAGUACACGUCGGCGCUGACCUACGACGGCGUGAUGGUGAUGGCCGAGGCGUUCAGGGCCCUGCGCCGGCAGAAGGUGGACCUCUCCAGACGAGGAAACGCCGGGGACUGUCUGGCAAACCCCGCCGCCCCCUGGAACCAAGGCCUGGACAUGGAGAGGACCCUGAAAAAGGUGCGGCUGCAGGGACUCACAGGUAAUGUCCAGUUCGACGACUUCGGUCGAAGAGUCAAUUACAACAUGGACGUGUUUGAACUGAAGAGCAACGGCCCCCGACGGAUCGGGUAUUGGAGUGACUCGGACAAACUGGUGCUGAUCCAGGACUCGCCUCUUUUGCCCAACGACACGUCGGGAAUCGAAAACCGCACCGUGGUGGUCACGACUAUUAUGGAGGGCCCGUACGUCAUGAUGAAGAAGAACCAUGAGAUGUACGAGGGGAACGAGCAGUAUGAGGGAUACUGCGUGGACCUCGCCUCCGAAAUCGCCAAACACAUCGGCAUCAAGUACAAAAUCUCCAUCGUCCCCGACGGGAAAUACGGAGCCCGAGACCCCGAGACCAAGAUCUGGAACGGCAUGGUCGGGGAGCUGGUGUACGGGAAAGCGGAAAUCGCUGUGGCCCCUCUCACCAUCACGCUGGUCCGGGAGGAGGUGAUCGACUUCUCGAAGCCCUUCAUGUCUCUGGGCAUCUCCAUCAUGAUCAAAAAGCCCCAGAAGUCCAAACCGGGCGUCUUCUCCUUCCUGGACCCGCUGGCCUACGAGAUCUGGAUGUGCAUCGUGUUCGCCUACAUCGGCGUGAGCGUGGUGCUCUUCCUGGUCAGCCGCUUCAGCCCGUACGAGUGGCACACCGAGGAGCCCGAGGAGGGCACCGACGGUCCGCCCAGCGACCAGCCCCCCAACGAGUUCGGCAUCUUCAACUCCCUCUGGUUCUCCCUGGGCGCCUUCAUGCAGCAGGGCUGUGACAUCUCCCCCAGGUCGCUGUCCGGGCGCAUCGUGGGCGGAGUCUGGUGGUUCUUCACGCUCAUCAUCAUCUCGUCGUACACGGCCAACCUGGCGGCGUUCCUCACCGUGGAGCGGAUGGUGUCGCCCAUCGAAAGCGCCGAGGACCUCGCCAAACAGACCGACAUCGCCUACGGGACGCUGGACUCCGGAUCCACCAAGGAGUUCUUCAGGCGCUCGAAGAUCGCGGUGUACGAGAAGAUGUGGGGCUACAUGAAGUCGGCGGAGCCCACGGUCUUCACCAAGACGACGGCCGAGGGCGUCGCCCGCGUCCGAAAGUCCAAAGGGAAAUACGCCUUCCUCCUGGAGUCCACGAUGAACGAGUACACGGAGCAACGCAAACCCUGCGACACCAUGAAAGUGGGCGGGAACCUGGACUCCAAAGGCUACGGCGUGGCCACGCCCAAGGGUUCACAGUUAAGAAGCGCAGUAAACCUGGCCGUGUUAAAGCUCAAUGAGCAGGGCCUCCUGGACAAACUGAAAAACAAAUGGUGGUACGACAAAGGAGAGUGUGGCAGCGGAGGCGGUGGCGAGAAGGACAAGUCGUCCCAGGCCCUGAGCCUGUCCAACGUGGCGGGGGUCUUCUACAUCCUGGUGGGCGGCCUGGGUCUGGCCAUGCUCGUGGCCCUCAUCGAGUUCUGCUACAAGUCCAGAAACGAGGCCAAGAGAAUGAAGCUCACCUUCACUGAAGCCAUGAGGAACAAAGCGCGUCUGUCCAUCACCGGCAGCGUGGGCGAGAACGGGCGCGUGCUGACCCCCGACUGCCCCAAGGCGGUGCACGCCGGGCCCCCCCUGCGCCCGGGCCCCGGCCUCGCCCUCGUCUCCUCCGACCUGCCCUGA